AAUGUCUACUCUUGAGACUAUCGCUCUUCCGCACCUUCCGCAGUAUCCUCUGUGCGUUGGGCUGUUCAAAAAUGUGAAGAAUGCUUCUUUCCUCCGCCAGCAGCUUCUGGCUGGCAACGCCGACUUUGAAUAUGCCUUCCUUGAUGCUUCUGUUUUUCUCGCCGCUUCCUUCAGAGGCAUCAACGAUUUUGCAAGCAAUCGCAUGAAGAGUCACAAUGUUCAUUCCGAAAUCGUCUUUUCUUUCUCACCAAACAACAACGUGAGUCGCGCUGAAAUUAUCUCANNGAUUGCUGAAUCAUUCCGCCGCUUUGGUAUCUCCGAUACAACUCAACAUGUUCUGGCCAUCAAAGUUCUAUCCUCGGACGUUACGGCAGAGUCUGUCAGCCAACACCUCCAACAAAACAUUGAGGGCGAGCAAGUAGGUGUCUCGGACGCUGAAUUUUCAGAGCUCGCUGAUCAGGCACGACUCCGUAAGAUCUACAAGCUCAAUGUUCAGACCAAGAAGGGCGCCGCUAAUGGCACGGUCUCGAAAGAAGUCGAGAUCAAAGAGCUCGAGACAUCCGUUCUUGGUGUCAUGGCUCUCAAAGGCUCA